CCAAGGGACAUGCAGGCGUCCGGGGCGCCCAAGGGGGGCCACUCAAGGGGAGAGGCCUCGUUCACCUUCCCCAGGUACGAGAGCGCUUGUCCCCGUUGGAGUGUGAUGGACCAGCGUUGCCGGAACUGGCUGAGCAGUUUUGCGGCUUGGUAGGAGCUGGGGUCGGCGUUGAAAAGGCGGCGGGCGGCCGUGUGUGCCAGGAGUUUGAGGAAGAUGAGUCCUGCUUUGGCGGCAAGGCGGUGGAGGCACUCGCCCACGGCGAUGGGGCGCGUGCCUCCGUCGGGUUUAGGGAAGGCGAGUAGGCGGCUGGCUGUGAGGAGUGCUGCUACGUCAGGAGUGGAGUCGCCCCGCAGCAAUUGAGUUACGAGGAUGUGGAGCUUGCUGGCGACGGCGCUGUUGGCGAGGGCUGCAUCGCGAAUGUGUUCGAAGCACAUUCCCGAGGGGCCCGCGCCGACCCCGUUUUCGCUGCGACUCAGUAACCUGGUGAAUUCUGCGAGCGUGAGGGAGGGGGGGACCUCCGACUCGUCGAUGUGUGGCCAAGCGAGUGACUCAGCCUUUUCCAGCCCCAAGUGGCGUGGGCGGCACAUGCACAAGGCAGAGGCGCUUCUGAGGGAGACCAGGGAGAGGAGGGAAAGGAGCAAAGGAAGGAACCAGCAGCCACGUCAGCAGCGCAGCUCGGGCCCGCUGGUCCACAUGUACGCGUCGCUGGUGCGGCAUUAUGCCAGGGAGGGCCACGUCAGCAAGGUGGUAACCCUGUUACAGCAGAUGAGGGACGACCUGGCCGCAUCGGGACGAAAGGUGCCGCCCCAAGCUACAGAAGCCGUGGUUUUUGCGUGUGCUCGGGCUGUAUACAGGAGCCGGAAGAGGAGGGAGAAGGUGGGAUCAGGGGGAGGUGUAGCUUCAGACUCGGGUGCUGCAGCCAUGGGAGCGAGUAUGGGUGCUGAUGUCAGGGAGAAGGGGGGAGAGGGCAGCGAGUUUGGUGUGAGAGGAGUGGGUAAUGGAGGGGCGGGCGAGGAGGAAGGGGAAGUGCCUGCUGAUGCUCUAGUGGACCAUGCAUCCGCUGCCAUGCAAGAACUUGCAGGUAUGAGGCGAGCAUGGGUGCAUGGCCGCAUGUCAUGGUGCUACAAGGGGGGGAGGAGGAGGAAGGGGAAGGGCGGAUGGGCGGUAUGGGUGCAGGAAGGGUGGGAGAGUGGGAGGGAGGAGAAUGGGGCAGGGCGACAGCAGCAGCAGCAGCAGCAGCAGCAGGCGCUAACGCUGGUGCGAAUCUGCCCGGCUUGCGGGCGUGCAAUGCAUACCUGGCAGCGCUCACAGGCGCGGCUGCUAAAGCAGCGGCGGAGGGGCGAGGAGAGGAGGCAGCGCGGUGGGGGGAGGAGGCAGAGGCGUUUUUUUCGGGAGAUGCUGCGGGCAGAGAGAGGGCCGCUGACUGCGGCCUUCAACUCGCUGCUGCAGAUGUACCUCCACCAGUCGCGCCUGAAUGACCUCGAGAGGCGCUUCCAAGGCAUGAAGGAGGUGGGGUGCAUCCCCGACCGCACGUCCUACCACCUGCGCCUGGCAGCGCACAUCAAAGCCGGGAACCUCGGCAUGGCAAAGAGAAUCUUCCUGGAAAUGAACUCCAACAAAGAGACAGGCGCAGACGGACACACCUACAACCUGCUCAUAGCAGCGUGCGGAGCAGCAGGCGACACCCGAGCUGUGCGCUCCCUGUAUGUGGAAAUGGUGGGGAAUAGGAAAGACCGGGGGAGGAAACCCGGCAUGGUGUUGGUAGGAGCGGCGAGGGAAGCGGCAGAAGCAGUAGUGGGGAAGCUGAGGGUGUUGAGGGACGAGAGCCGGAGCAUGAAGCUGAGUAAAGAGCAACGGCAGGUGCUUGCAGGGGUGCUGCUGGGCGGUGCGAGGAUUGCUGCGCAGGACAACGAACGGACGUACGAGAUCCACUUUGAGCAGCCGCUGGACAAUCCUGGCCGUGUAGACCUGCUGGAGGCGCUGUUCCGGGCGUUUGGCCCAUGGGCCAGUGCGCCGCCCAGAAACAUGCUCCUGCUCAUGCCGCCCGCGCCUAGUGCGUCGCCUGAUGCUGCCGCCGCCGCUGCCGCUGUUGCUGCUAACACCGCUGCUACCACUGCUGCUGCUGCUGCUGCUGCUGCUGCUGCUGGUGCCUCCGACCCCCUAGCAGCAGCAGGCGUGCAUCCCAUCCGCGUGCGUCACUUUGCCACCAUCCCCCACACGUCCCUGCGCUACCACGCGCAGCGGUACCACCCGCAGGGCAACCGCGCGGUGCCUAAACUCAUCCAGCGCUGGCUCACCCCCAAGACGCUCGCCCACUGGUACAUGUACAGCGGGCGGCGCUGCGAGGACACCGGGGGGAUGAUCCUGCACGCCAAGCAGUAUUCGAGUCGGGACUUGAGAAGGAUUGCGCGGGCGCUUUGUGUGUCGGUGAGGGAUUGUUGGGUGAAGAUGAGGUAUCGGCGGCCUGGGCAACGGGCGCAGAUGGGGAGGGUGGCUUUGGAAAGUCCGUGGGAUGCGCCGAACCUGAUUCGGUUCGGCGGAGCCACGGCGACGAGGCUGUGGAAGUUCAUGGAGGGGCAUGUGCUGCCGAGCCUGAGGGACGAGCUUCGGCCGGGCGUGAGGAUGAGGUUUGGGGGAGGUGAUUCACGGGCGGGUGGUGCCAGCAGGCUUGAUGUCAGGGGAGGUGGUUUGGUGGAAGAGAGUGGGGAGAGAGAAUGUGGUGGGGAGGUGGAAAAGGAUGGGGGUUGGGAGGAGGAAGUGGGGGAAACGAUGGUGGGGGGUGGGGGGUUGAUGGGUAGAGAGGGGAAAGAGGGUGGGGAGGUGUGGUCUGAUGAUGCAUGGGGUUCAGAUGGGUCGGAUGAGGUGGGAAGAGAUGAGGAUGAGGAAGAGGACGACGAGGAGGAUGAGGAUGAAGAGGAAGAGGAAGGGGAGGACGAUGAGGACGAUGAGGGCGAUGAGGAUGAGGAGGAUGAAAAUGAUGUUGACGAUGAUGGAGAUGAGGAUUGGGAGGAGGACGAAGAAGCGGAAUCUGACCAUCACAGAGAGGAGGGCGGUGGCUUGAAAUGGGAGCGGGAAGCAGAGGGGAAGGAGCAGGAAAGUUUCCUCGUCAAGCCUAAAGGCGGUGACGAUUCAAGGCAGGGAGGACAGCACGGGCUAAAAGUGGGGGUUGAUACUGCCUCUCAGCUAGGCAUCGAGAACCGGGAAGGGAGAGGCUCAGAGCCUGGCGGGUUCGAGAGGAGGAGAGGGGUUCGGGGAAGGGGGAGGGAGAAGGAUACGAGGGAGGAGAUCGGGCUGAAUGAGUGGAUCCCUUUGGAGCUCGCUCUUUAUAUGGAGAAGGUGCAGACCCCAGUGUUCAAGAAGAAACCCAAGAAGCGAAGGUAGUAGCUUGUGUUUGGGGGCUUUAAUCUGUAAGGAGACGGUUCAAAGUUUGUGCUUGCUUUAAGAAAAACAAGUGGAUCCCAUUGGUGCCUGCUCUGAAAGAGGAAAAUUGCGCAAGCCAAGGUACGGUAUUCACGAUUCCCAAGGAAUGAACGCGACUUUUAUUA